AUGGAUGAGUUUGACGGUAGAGGGGAGGGAGCCCCUUCCUCUAAAACCAGUUUGUGUGGUGAACAUGAAAGCCAGAGCAACAGCCAGAGCUGCCUGCUGAUAAUCUGCAGAACACAUGUUAAAAACAAACUUCAAGCUCAACUCAAGGAGAGGUUCCAUUGUGUGACUGAGGGGAUAGAUAAAGUAAAAACUCCAACCCUUUUGAACCAGAUCUACACAGAGCUCUAUAUCACUGAGGGGGACACGGAAGAGGUCAAUGUUGAACAUGAGGUCAGACAGAUUGAAACAGCAUCCAGGAAAACACACAGACCCGAAACAAUAAUCAGACAAGAAGACAUCUUUAAAGUCCAACAUGAAAGAGGUCAGCGGUUCAGAACAAUGAUGACAAAGGGAGUGGCUGGCAUCGGGAAAACGUUCUUAACCCAGAAAGUAACACUGGACUGGGCUGAAGGCAAAGCCCACCAGAACAUCGAGUUCAUAUUUCCAUUCACCUUCAGAGAGCUGAAUGUGCUGAAAGAGAAAAAGUUCAGCUUAGUGGAACUUGUUCAUCACUUUUUUAGUGAAACCAAAGGAAUCUGCAACUUUGAAGAUUUUCAGGUUCUGUUCAUCUUUGAUGGUCUGGAUGAGAGUCGACUUCCUCUGGACUUCAACGACAAGGAGAUCCUUACUGAUGUUACAAAGUCCACCUCAGUGGAUGUUCUGCUAAAAAACCUCAUCUUGGGUUACGUGCUUCCCUCUGCUCUCCUCUGGAUAACCACACGACCUGCAGCAGCCAAUCAGAUCCCUCCUGAGUGUGUUUGCAUGGUCACAGAGGUUAGAGGGUUCAAUGACCCACAAAAGGAGGAGUACUUCAUUAAGAGAUUCAAAAAUGAAGACCAGGCCAAGAAAACAGAGUGUGGCAUCGAUAUCAGAUCAGCCUCAUUUUACUCUGGAGUUUUAACACAGAUCUUUAAAGAGGAGAGAGGACUGUACCUGGACAAGGUGUUCUGUUUCGUCCAUUUGACUGUUCAGGAGUUUUUGGCUGCUCUUCAUGUCCAUAGGACCUUCAUUUACACUGGUGUCAAUCUGAUGAAAGUAAAGCAGAACACACCUAAAAGGAAUCCACCCUUCAAGAAGCCUAAACUAAAGCUUCUCCACCAGAGGGCUGUAGAUGAAGCCUUACAGAGUCCAAAUGGACACCUGGACCUGUUAGUACGCUUCCUCUUGGGACUUUCACUACAGACCAAUCAGCGACUUCUAGAAGGUCUGCUGAAUCAGACCGGAAGGGUUUCAGAGACCCACUAUGAAACAGUCCGGUACAUCAAGGAGAAGAUCAAUGAGAAUGUGUCUGCAGAGAACAACAUUAAGCUAUUCCAUUGUUUGAAUGAACUAAAGGAUCAUUCUCUGGUUCAGGAGAUCCAUCAGUUUCUGAGUUCAGGGAGGCUCUCCACAGAUAAACUGUCUCCAGCACAGUGGUCAGCUCUGGCUUUUGUCUUAGUGUCCUCAGGGGAAGAUCUGGAUGAAUUUGAUCUCAAGAAAUUCUCUGCUUCAGAGGAGGUUCUUCUGAGACUGCUACCAGUGGUUAAAGCAUCCAUUAAAGCUCUGCUGAGAGAUUGUAACCUGUCAGAAAGAAGCUGUGAUGCUCUGUCUUCGGUUUUAAAAUGUCAGUCCACCAGUCUGAGAGAACUGGACCUGAGUAACAACAACCUGCCAGAUUCAGGAGUGGAGCUUCUUUCUGCUGGACUGGAAAAUAAAAACUGCAAACUGGAAACCAUCAGACUGAAAGACUGUAAUCUCUCAGAGAGCUGCUGUGAGGCUCUGCGUUCAGUUCUUAGCCUCAAGUCCUCCAGACUCCGAGAACUAGAUCUGAGUAACAAUAAUCUGGGAGAUUUAGGAGUAAGGUUUCUAUCAGCUGGACUGAAGAAUCCAAACUGCAGACUUGAAACCCUCAGAUUGUCAGGCUGUCUAAUCUCAGAGGAAGGGUGUGCUUCUCUGGAAUCUGCUCUACACCACAAUCCCAACUAUCUCAAUGAGUUGGACCUGAGCUACAAUUAUCCCGGAGACUCUGGAGUGGAACUGCUUUUGGCCGGACAAAAGAAUCCACAAUGGAAAUUGAAAGAUCUCAGGGUGGAGCCUGCUGCAAUUAGAUGGUUGACACCAGGGCUAUGGAGGUAUUCCUGUCAGCUCAUAAUCGACACAAACACAGUGAGCAGAAAUCUGAAACUGUCUGAAGACAACAGGAAAGUGACACAUGUGAAGGAGCUUCAGUCAUAUCCUAAACAUCCAGACAGAUUUAAGGAUCCUCAGCUGUUGUGUAGAACUGGUGUUACUGGUCGCUGCUACUGGGAGGUUGAGUGGAGAGGAAGAGUUGAUAUAUCAGUGAGUUACAGAAGAAUCAGUAUGCGAGAAUAUCAUAAGGAUUGUUUAUUUGGAUUAAAUGAUCAUUCCUGGAGGCUUAUGUGCUCUGAUAGUGGUUACUUUAUCUGGCAUAAUGAUAGUGGAAAACCUACAUCCUCCUCCUCCUCCAUCUCUAACAGAGUAGCAGUGUAUGUGGACUUUCCUGCUGGCAUUUUGUCCUUCUACGAAGUCACCCCUGACUCACUGAUCGAACUCCACACCUUCCACACCUCGUUCAGCGAACCUCUAUAUCCUGGAUUCCACAUCACUCUUGGAUCCUCAGUCAUUCUAUGUUGA